AUGCCAAAACGGUCUGAGGAAAUGCUGUUAGAUAUAUGGACGUCCUUGCUACUCAUGUGGAUUUUGUCUAUUCCUUAUACGUCCACUGCACCUUUGGUCAACCAGUCAAAAAGUUUACAAACUGGAUCUCUCAUGGGCCUCCAUGUGCCUGGUGAAGGACAAAGAAUUCUGAAUCGUGCCAAAAGAGGAUGGGUGUGGAAUCAAAUGUUUGUACUAGAAGAGUUUUCUGGACCUGACCCAAUUCUAGUUGGCAGGCUCCACACAGAUUUGGAUGUAGAUAACAAAAACAUCAAAUACAUUCUGGCUGGCGAAGGAGCUGGGACCAUCUUUGCAAUCAAUGAGAAGACUGGAGACAUUCAUGCAAUGAAGAGACUGGACAGGGAAGAGAAGGCUGAGUACACUCUCACAGCACAAGUCAUCAACAGGGACACGAAUGAACCUUUGGAACCGCCCUCAGAAUUCACUAUUAAAGUACAGGACAUCAAUGACAAUGCACCAGAGUUCAAUGGGGGGCCCUUCUACGCAACAGUCCCAGAGAUGUCCCAAGUGGGUACAUCUGUUACUAAGGUUACAGCAACAGAUGCAGAUGACCCAGUGUAUGGGAAUAGUGCAAAACUGGUAUACAGCAUAUUGGAAGGCCAGCCUUACUUCUCCAUUGACCCCAACACUGCGAUUAUUAAAAUUGCAUUGCACGGAAUGGAUCGUGAAAUGAGAGAAGAGUACCUUGUCGUCAUUCAGGCAAAGGACAUGGGGGGUCAUAUGGGAGGGCUAUCAGGGACAACAACAGUCACCAUCACACUCACAGAUGUCAACGAUAAUCCACCAAAGUUUUCUAAAAGUCUGUAUGAAUUUGUAAUACCAGAGGACCUUGGCAUUGGUAAAGCUGGAGGGAGAGUAAAGGCAAAUGACAGAGAUAAAGGAGAGAAUGCCAGAUCAACAUACAGCAUCAUCGAUGGAGAUGAAAGGGAUGCUUUUGAAAUAAUGACCGAUCCACAGACACAGGAGGGAGUUAUCUGCUUGAGGAAGCCCCUGGACUUUGAAACCAAAAAAACCUAUUCUCUUAAGGUGGAGGCAACCAAUGUCCACUUCGAUCCUCAGUUCAGCAGUGGUGGCCCAUUCAAGGAUACUGCUACAGUGAAGAUAGCAGUGGAUGAUUCAGACGAGCCCCCUGUGUUCUCGAAAUCUAGUUAUCUGCUGCAGGUGCACGAGAAUGAGUCCAUUAACACUGUUAUCGGACAGGUGGUUGCCCGUGACCCAGAUGCCACUGCAAGUCUCAUCAGGUACUUCAUCGAUCGACACACAGACCUUGAGAGGCAGUUCAAUGUUAAUGUUGAUGAUGGGAGGAUAACACUGGCCAAACCACUUGACAGGGAGACAGAUAUGUGGCACAACAUCACAGUGACAGCUGCAGAAGUCAGGAAUCACAGUCAGAUAUCGCGAGUCACUGUUGCUAUUCAAGUUUUGGACAUAAAUGACAAUGCCCCAGAAUUUGCAGCCGAAUAUGAGGCCUUCCUUUGUGAAAACGGCAAACCUGGUCAGGUGAUACAGACUGUCAGUGCAGUUGACAAGGAUGACCCAAAGAAUGGACAUUCAUUCUUCUACAGUCUAGUACCGGAAAUGUUAAACAACCCCAAUUUCACAAUAAAAAACAAUGGAGACAAUUCCAUCAGUGUAUUGGCCAAGCAUGACAUGUUCCGGCGGCAAAGGCAGGAGAUGUACUUCCUGCCCAUUGUUGUCAGAGACAACGGGAACCCACCCUUGAGUAGCACCAAUACCCUGACCAUCCGGGUGUGUGGCUGCAGCAAGGACGGCAUCGUUCAGUCUUGCAAUGUUGAGGCCUACAUUCUACCUAUUGGACUCAGCAUGGGAGCCUUAAUAGCUAUUCUAGCAUGUAUAAUCUUACUUCUAGUGAUUGUUGUCCUUUUUGUUACAUUGCGGAGACACAAAAAUGAGCCUCUGAUAAUCAAAGAUGAUGAGGAUGUCAGAGAGAACAUUAUCCGCUAUGAUGAUGAGGGUGGUGGUGAGGAGGACACAGAAGCCUUCGACAUUGCCACAUUGCAGAACCCUGAUGGGAUCAAUGGCUACCUUCCCCGGAAAGACAUCAAGCCAGACCUGCAGUUCAUGCCCAGGCAAGGCCAGCACUCUGGCCCCAAUGGUGUGGAUGUGGAUGAAUUCAUCAAUGUGCGGCUUCAUGAGGCAGACAAUGACCCCACAGCACCCCCCUAUGACUCCAUCCAGAUUUAUGGCUAUGAGGGAAGGGGCUCUGUGGCUGGUUCAUUAAGUUCCCUGGAGACAUCAUCCUCAGAUUCAGACCAGAACUAUGACUACCUCAGAGAGUGGGGUCCACGUUUCAGAAGACUGGGGGAGCUCUAUUCAGUUGGUGAAAGCGACAAAGAAACUUGAUCGUGGAUUCAGAGAGAUCCAUCCACUUUGUCUUGAGUACCUAUGUAUUACGCUAUGGUUGAGAGACAUUAGGAACAGCUGUUAAAAAAGGGGGCCACCUUUUUUAAUUUGUAGAGGGAAGUUUAGUGUUCAUUUACCAUAUCAACAACACUGUAAUGUUGAGCCAAACAACGUUUAUAUUAGGGGGUCUAUGAUUCUUGUGGAAUGUGAAAUAGAUUUUGUUGAGUGUCUAGAAGUAUUUGGGGUAUUUUGUUGUUCACUGUGACUGCAAGAAACAUUAAGACCUGGAUUCUUGACACUUUAGUUGCUGAUAAAAGCAAGAUUGUGGACAUAUGAGACAUGACACCAAACACUAAGACUGUGUGUAGGGUGUGAAGGGCACAUAGUCUGCCGCUCCUCCAUUGUGAGCCAUCAUCUAGCCAAUAGAGAGGGAAAUCCUGACACAUGAUAACAACAAAUUCAACAGAAA